CAACGAGAUAUUCAUUACACGCGAUAUUCAUUUUCAUAUAAAUAGGGUACGAAUUUUAGGAAAAGCAGUUCGAUCCAAAUCGUGACAAGAUGUACGGCAAAUUGAAUUUAUUGGCACUAAUCGCCAUCGCGACAGCGAGCCCGAUGUCGAGACCUGCGCUCAACCCCCUUUUCCCGACCGGGCAGAUAAUCGGCGGCACGGAAGCGCGGAUCGAGGAGGUGCCCCACCAGGUCUCCCUUCAGACUUUCGGCUUCGGCUUCUGUUAUCCUUAA